AUGUCUGCCGAACAGUACACAGUCGGCUGGAUUUGCGCCAUCAAGCCCGAGUUCGUCGCCGCACAGGAAUUUCUAGACGAGGAACACGACGCCGAAGGAAUCAGCGCUGCUGUACAUGACAAUAACAGCUACGCCUUUGGUCGGAUUGGGCAGCAUAACGUGGUCAUCGCGGUGCUUCCAGAUGGUGAAUAUGGCACCAGUUCGGCAGCGACGGUUGCCAGGGAUAUGGUUCAUUCAUUCCCCAAUAUUCGGAUUGGCCUGAUGGUGGGCAUCGGCGGCGGCGCCCCGACCUCGAAGGACGAUGUACGCCUCGGUGAUAUUGUUGUCAGCGCCCCUCGCGGCGGCAACAGCGGUGUAUUUGAGUAUGACUUCGGCAAGACGAUUCAAGAGCAAGCCUUUCAGCACACGAGACAUCUGGACCAGCCUCCCAACGUUGUCCGAACUGCGGUCACCAAUCUGCAGGCGCAGUACGAACGCAAAGGCCACAAUAUUCAAGAGGCAGUCACAGAUAUCACGGGGAAGAACAAGAGACUCCGGAAGUAUAGACGGCCAGACCCCAGCACCGAUGUUCUCUAUCAGUCGAACUACCUUCACACUAGCGGUACUGGGGACUGCACGGCGGGUUGCGGUACAGAUUCGGAUAACAUCAUCCUCCGCGCGGAGAGAGACGAAGAUGAGGGCGAUGAUGACCCCGCUGUUCAUUACGGUCUUAUCGCGUCUGCGAAUCAGCUCAUGAAAGAUGCCACAGUCCGGGACCGUCUCGCAGCAGAGAAGGGCGUGCUUUGCUUCGAGAUGGAAGCCGCAGGCCUUAUGAACCACUUCCCGUGUUUGGUAGUCAGGGGUAUCUGCGACUACUCGGACACCCACAAGAACGAUAACUGGCAUGGAUACGCCGCAAUGACAGCGGCUGCCUAUGCCAAGGACCUUUUAGGAAAGAUCUUGCCGAGUAAGGUUGAAGCAGAGAAGAAGUUAGCCGACGCCGUUGAGUCAGGUUAG